AUGACUAGUCUCGCCAAUAGCGUCGUACUAUUGUCGAACGUCCGAACAGAGAUGAUAAAUUCACACGGCAACGCGUUCCCUGUAUGCGUAUUGUUAGAUAGCGCGAGCCAGGCCAAUUCUGUUACUGAAGGCUGCCUCCGGAAAGGCGGCUUUUGUCGGACCAAGCACAGUGCUACGGUAUUCGAGUUGAACGAAACUAAGGCCGCCACCACGAAGGGCCUUACGUCGUUCGUAAUUCGUGUACGCGGUUACGACGAUAUUCGUUUUCCAAUCGAGGCCACGGUUCUUCCGCGCAUUACAUCGCCGUUGCUUAAUAGUAAGGUUGCAGUCCAAUCGUGGAAUCACUUAAAGGGAUUGUCGCUCGCGGAUCCCGAGUAUUAUUUACCCGGCAAUAUUGACAUUUUACUGGGAGCAGAAUCGUUUGUCUCAGUCUUACGCGAUGGUCGUCGUAAAGGAGGGGAUAAAGAACCGGACGCUUUCAACACAGUAUUUAGCUGGGUCUUAACGGGCGCGGUAUCUCCGUCGUUACAAGUAGCACCCCUGCACUCGUUCGUUACCACUCUCGAGUCGAUCAAGACCGCAGUGGGUCAAUUUUGGCAAUUGGAAGAAGUACCAGAACACAUUUCUUGUUCGGAAGAAGAUCGUCGAUGUAAGGAGAUCUUCGCAAAGACCACUUAUCGUGACCACUUGGGUGGCUUCGUAGUUUCGUACCCCUUUGCGUCAAAUCCUCCUACAUUCGUCGACUCGCGUUCUAUAGCUGUUAGUCGUCUCCGCGUGCUCGAGCGCCGAUUCAAAUCAAAUCCCGAAUUUAGAAUUAGUUACAAUAAUUUCAUGCAAGACUAUCUCGAUAGCGGUCAUAUGGAAUUAAUUAGUGAUCCAUUUUUGUCGGAUGGUUACAUUUAUUAUUUGAAUGAUGAGAAGUCAGGGCAGUAG